GUAUAUAAUUCCCCCUUCACUCCCAGUUAUUACAAAGGCACACCAGACCCAAAAAUCAGCAUGACCAGCCAGUCUCAGGGAAUCCAGCAACUUUUACAGGCAGAAAAACGUGCAAAAGACAAACUAGAAGAAGCCAAAAAGAGAAAGGGAAAGAGACUGAAGCAAGCCAAAGAAGAAGCCAUAGCAGAGAUAGACCACUACAGGUUACAGAGGGAGAGGGAAUUCAGGCACAAACAAUCUAAUAUAAUGGGAUCCCAAGGUAACCUCUCCACUAAAAUAGAAGAGCAAACAACAGAAAAAAUCCGAGACAUCACCAGUAGCUUCCACAAGUAUAUGGAAAACAUAAUGAAACAACUUUUGAACAUUGUAUAUGACAUCAAGCCUGAAAUCCACCCAAACUACAGAGACACAGUUUAAAUCCCAUUGAUGUGUGCAUGUAUCAACAGAAGGCACACAGUUUUCCUAGUAACCCAAAUCAUCAUCUCCUUUAUGGGAUUGUCUGUACGUGAAAGAGAAACACUAAGCCCAAAGCACACAGCUAUACACAAAAAUUUUUAUGUGACAAAAUUCUACGAGGUUUCCCAAGAAUUUGGUGGAAUGGAUUUGUUUUUCCUAUUGAUAGCUAUUACCCUGUCAUUUAAAUAGUAGAAAGUUGACAACAGCAGAACAAGUGAUUAUUUGACACUGACAGCUUUUUAGUGGGUGUCUUUAUUUCUUUUCUUAUAUAAAGUGUUCUGUACUACUUGGGGUAUUGCAUGAAAUUGUUUGUCCCAAUCCUUAGUACAUUUAAAAUGAUCAGAUAUGUAAUAAUGUUUCAUUUUACUUAAAAUUAAAGAACUUCUUUCUUGUUUUGAGCAAA